CGGUCCUGCUGGUGGAGUGAAAUCAGUUCAGCGCGGAGAAAUGAAUUAUUUUUUGUGACAAACACAUAAUAUUUUUACUUGAGCUGUAUAAGAGUUUAACUAAUCAAAUUCCGAAAAUCGUUCCCAAGUCGUCGUUUCACAUCAUUUGAAGAAUAUUUACAGAAGCAUGGAGUCCGAGAUCACAAGAACAGAAAUUAUCAAAGUGACAGCAAAGUUAGUUCUACUGUCAGCAUUUUCAUACUAUUCAAUGAAGUGGCUAAUGAACCAGCUUGAUCCUACCAACAAACAGAAAAAUCAGGCAAAAGCUAAAGCCACUGAUCUCAUGAAGAAAAUAGGGAUUCAAGUAAAAAGACAGCUUUCCGAACAUGAGUUGAUGAUUGCAACCCACUUGGUGGACCCAAGAGAUAUCAAGGUCUCAUGGAGCGAUAUCGCUGGGUUGGAUGAUGUAAUCGAGGAAAUCCAGGAAACUGUUAUUUUCCCCAUCACUAGAAAAGAUCUGCUAGUAGAAUCAAAAUUGAGUCAGCCCCCUAAAGGUGUGCUUCUGCACGGUCCUCCUGGCUGUGGAAAAACAUUAAUUGCCAAAGCUACGGCAAAGGAAGCAGGCGCCCGAUUCAUCAAUCUUGACGUUUCUAUUCUCACGGACAAGUGGUAUGGCGAAAGUCAAAAGCUAGCUGCAGCCGUAUUUUCCUUGGCAAUUGAACUGCAACCAUGCAUUAUCUUCAUUGAUGAAAUUGACUCUUUCCUACGAGUAAGGAGUUCGCAAGACCACGAAGCCACUGCUAUGAUGAAAGCUCAGUUCAUGAGUUUGUGGGACGGUCUGAUCACGGAUCCAAACUGCGUUGUGAUCGUCAUGGGCGCGACAAACAGGCCUCGCGACCUGGAUCAGGCCAUCCAGCGUAGAAUGCCCUCCAUGUUCCACAUUGGACUCCCGAACCGCCGACAAAGGCUGCAGAUUUUGGAACUGAUCCUUGACAAGGAGCCAAUCGGCGCUGACGUAGACUUGGAGGGCAUUGCCAAAGUGACUGAAACGUUCUCAGGUUCUGAUCUCCACGAGCUGUGUCGCAGUGCCUCUGUUUACAGAAUGAGAGAUUUCAUGAGGUCUACAACCAGGAACAGGGCUGCUGUGAUAAAUGGAAACAAUCAGGGAACAGCUGAGGCGCUUCGGCCUAUUAACAUGGAUGAUUUGAGAAAAUCUUUUAGCAAGAUCAGGGAAUCUAAAGUUCGAAGUAAUGCGUGUAUAGUGGCGUCAAGCUCUGAUAUGGACUAGGGUUUGAUGGAAAGUAAUAAUUAUUUUCCCUUUUUGAUAAUUUAAAUGUUAUAUUUGUUAUGAUUGAUUGGUUAGUUGCUUUGUUUGCAAGAGAAUUGCAAUUCUGAUGUGAUUUUUGUUUUAUCAUUUGUCUUAUGGUACAGCUCGUUUUAAUGAGCAUUUUCGCUGUCUGAAUAUUCAGCGAAAGUGAUAACAUUCUUCAAUUUUGUGUUCUUUUUGCUCUCUGCUUUAGUCGGGUACUGUGAGUCAAGUCAAUAGUAACAGAGAAGGAACAAGGUAGUUUUGUUGUCUAUAGUUUUUAGGCCUGUUAUAAACGAAUUCAUAAAAGCGCAGAUAUUACCAAAAUCACACUGUGACUAUAGCCAAUAGUUGUAAAAUUGUGUGUUACAAAAACAUUAAAAAACAAGUAGGAAAAUAUUA